CACCACUCACUCACCUCAAAACCACUUCAUAAAACCAUUAGUUGAUUUCCAACCAAGUCCCCCUAUUGCUUAGCUUGAUACUAUCCUAUUUUUCAUCGACAAACAAAAAGAGUGAGACAAAGAUGGAGAGACAGAUCAAGCUAACAAGGGAACAAUAAGCCUAAAGAUUUGAUUCUUCUGAGUUAAUUUACGCAACCAAAACAUUUUAAAGAUCUUCCAGAAAUCGAAAGAGCAAACAUGGUACCAGUGGAUAACAAUGGAGACAAUGAUAACAACGAGAACAAUAACAUGAACAACAUUGAUGGUGGACUUUACAACACUAAUGGUGGAGCUGGUGCUGGUGUUGAAGUUGGUGUUGGAGCUGGUACUGGAGCUGAAGAAAUCGACAGUGACAAUCGUGAAGAAGAAUUGGGCAGCGAUCAAAGUCCUCCUCGUAAGAAAAAAAAAUACAAUCGUCACAGCCAAUAUCAGAUUCAGGAGAUGGAAGCUUUCUUCAAAGAGUGUCCUCACCCAGAUGACAAACAAAGGAGGGAUCUUGGCCGUCAAUUGGGUUUAGCACCUGUUCAGAUCAAAUUCUGGUUCCAGAACAAACGCACUCAAAACAAGAAUCAUCAAGAACGUUGUGAGAACACAGAACUUCGGUCAUUGAACAGCAAGCUUAGAUCUGAAAACGAACGGUUCCGAGAAGCUGUUUUCUUAGCCUUGUGCCCUAAGUGUGGAGGCAAAACUGCAAUUGGCGAAAUGUCCUUCGAAGAACAUCAUCUUCGGAUCGUAAACGCUCGGCUAAAUGAGGAGAUCAAUGAAUUGACUGCUCUGGCGGUAAAGUUUAGCAGCAAGUCGGUAAUAAGCUAUCCGGUUAUGUCUCCUCGGCCUUCUAAUCGUCCUCCAACUUUCGAGUUCGGGGCGGGAUCAUCUAGUGAAAGUGGAGGAAACUUCUCGAGGGGAAUCACUGGAACGGCAGAUGCUGACACGCCGAUGGUCAUGGAGUUGGCAAUUGGAGCCAUGGAGGAGCUACUGUUGAUGGCUCAAGUGGGUGAACCACUGUGGAUGGGAGGAGUUGAUGGUACUAGCCUAGCUUUGAACUUGGAUGAAUACGCUAGGACGUUUCGGAAGGGUCUCGGGCCUAGACUGAGCGGAUUUAGAAUCGAGGCAUCUAGGGAAACCGCGCUCGUGGCAAUGAAUCCUACUGGCGUUGUUGAGAUGCUCAUGCAAGCGAAUCUGUGGUCAACAAUGUUUGUAGGAAUGGUUGGUAGAGCCAUAACUCAUGAAAAACUUUUGACUGAUGUUGCUGAAAACUUCAAUGGAGCUCUCCAAAUCAUGAGUGCUGAGUACCAAGUGCUUUCGCCGCUAGUCUCAACCCGGGAAAGCUACUUUGUCCGCUACUGUAAACAGCAAGGAGAGAAUCUGUGGGCGGUGGUGGAUGUUUCCAUCGACCAUCUCCUUCCAAAUACCCACAUGAAAUGUCGCCGCAGACCCUCUGGAUGCUUGAUUCAAGAAAUCCCUAAUGGUUACUCUAAGGUAACGUGGGUUGAACAUGUGGAAGUAAAUGACAGAGAAGCAAAUCAAAACAUAUUCAAGCACUUCAUCAGUUCUGGUCAAGCUUUUGCUGCUAACCGCUGGGUUGCAACAUUGGAACGCCAGUGCGAGAGGAUUGCAAGCAUCAUGACUACAGAUUUUCAAUCCGUGGAUUCGCCUGAUCACCUUGUGCUAACGGAGCAUGGAAAGACGAGCAUUCUGAAACUAGCUGAGCGGGUUGCAAGAAGCUUCUUUGUUGGGCUGACCAGUUCGAUGGGGACUACAUUUUCUGGUGUUGGAGGAGAUGAUAUCAGAAUGAUGACAAUGAAGAACAUAAAUGAUCCAGGAAGGCCUCCUGGUGUCGUUUUUUCUGCAGCCACUUCGUUUUGGGUUCCUGCUCCUCCUAAGAUUGUCUUUGACUUUCUCAGAGAUGUGGAUCAUCGAGCCAGUUGGGAUGUCCUCUGCGCCGGAGGGGUUGUGCACAAGAUAUCAGAAAUUGCAAAUGGGAGAGACAGCAGGAACUGUGCAACUUUACUCAGGAAUGAAAUUCCUUUUGAGAAGAAGAUGAUGAUAAUUCAAGAGACCUCUACUGAUCCAACAGCUUCAUUUGUGAUCUAUGCGCCUGUUGAUACGGAAUCAAUAGAGGGUGUUCUCAGUGCAGGUCAAGAUCCUGACUACGUGGCUCUCCUGCCAUCUGGUUUUGCUAUUCUUCCGGAUGGUAUGGGUGAUCAGCCUGGAGGAAACGGAGGAGGAGGAUCACUCCUGACCGUUUCCUUCCAGAUGCUGGUUGAAGGAGUUGAUUUGGGUAAGCUGAGUAUUACCUCUGUUGCAACCGUUGAGAACCUGAUUCGUACAACCGUGCUGAGGAUCAAAGCUUUGUUUCCUUUUCAGAUUGCAACACCCUCACUCGGAAAGUAAGCUAAAUGGAAGAUUCAAUCAAGGAAGAAAGAGGGGUGUUUGUGUCGAAUAUUGGUUUUUAGAGUUAACUGGAGAGCUUCAAAAGGGGAGGAGUCAAGAACGAACCUCAAAGACAUAGGUUUUUUACAAGGUUCGGGAUUUUGACUUGCCCUGAAAUAUACCCAUUGAAGAUGGAAAAAAAAAAAAAACAACUUUGUUAUGUCAUUUUAGUCUUUUGUUUCCGGAACCUUUUGUUAUUUCAGUUGAGUCUUAUGUUCUUUGUCAUUGUGGAACCUUUUGUUGUUUCAGUUGAUUCUUAUGGUUCCUUGUCAUUGUGAGAACCUUUUCUUAUUUCAUUAUCUGAGUCUUUGGUUUCCUUGUUGAACCUUUUAUGAAGUCUGGUUCUUAUUUUUCAA